CUUUAGACUAUCCUUAAUCAUUUUCCCAAGUUCUUCCCUUUCCCACUCAGACCCUGACCCUUCAUUUUCUAAUUUCUUUCUUCUUCUCUACCUGCUUCUUCAAUGGAGAUGCCAAUAUUCACCAGAAGCUUUGCAAUAGAUGAAACAGAGGGUGUUGACUGUACAUAUUAUUUGUCAGUGCGAUCGUCUAGUUACUUUUUCCCCUUGUGGAAGAAGCUUCUCUUCUCAAGUCUCAACCCCAAUGCAUGCCUAUUCUGCACUUUCUGAAUGGGUGGACUUUGUGAUUUUGAUGAAGUCUGGCAGAAAAGAGCUAUAGAAGCAAAAAAAGCUUCCCUUGAGGCCUACCAACCCCAUCCAGAAGAAGUUACUAAUAAUUUCAACAAGCAAGUUCAUAGAUCUUUAGAUGGUGCAAAUAACACAAGGAGACAUUUGAGGAAGUACACUGGUCCAUGUUUGGCCACGAAUCCGAUUGAUCGGUGCUGGAGAUGUGAUAGAAAUUGGGCUAGGAACCGCAAGAAACUAGCUGAUUGUGCCCUUGGUUUUGGUCGUGGAACGACCGGAGGCAAAGAUGGAAAGAUUUACGUGGUCCGAGAUUCGAGUGAUAACGACUUGGUGAAUCCUAAACCAGGAACCUUGCGCCAUGCUGUGAUUCAGGAGAGACCUCUUUGGAUUAUAUUUGCUCAUGACAUGGUGAUUAGGCUAAGUGAAGAGCUUAUAAUGACUGAUAAUAAAACAUUAGAUGGGCGCGGUGCCAAUGUGCACAUUGCUAAUGGUGGUCAAAUUACUCUACAAUUUGUCAGGAAUAUAAUCAUUCAUAAUCUUCACAUUCAUGACAUCAAGGCUGGCAAUGGAGGCUUUAUAAGAGAUUCGGUGAGCCACUAUGGAUACCGAACACAGAGCGAUGGUGAUGGAAUCUCAAUGUUCGGAUCCUCGAGGGUUUGGAUAGAUCAUGUUUCAAUGUCUAAUUGUCAAGAUGGACUAAUAGAUGCAGUCAUGGCAUCUACUGCCAUUACCAUUUCCAACUGUCACUUCACCCACCAUAACGAUGUGAUUUUAUUAGGUGCAAGUGAUAGCUACUCGAAUGAUAAGAUAAUGCAGGUAACUCUUGCAUUUAAUCACUUUGGUAAAGGGUUGGUGCAAAGGAUGCCGAGAUGCCGAUGGGGAUUUAUUCAUGUAGUCAAUAAUGACUACACUCACUGGCUUAUGUACGCCAUCGGCGGCAGCCACAAUCCCACCAUUAUCAGCCAGGGCAACCGUUUCAUUGCUCCGCCAAAUCCAAAUUCCAAAGAGGUGACGAAAAGGGUGUAUGCAUCGGAACGCGAAUGGAGAUCUUGGAACUGGAGGUCAGAGGGAGAUCUGAUGAUGAAUGGAGCUUUUUUCAUCCAAUCUGGGAACCCCAUUAGAAGAUACUCCAAGAAGGAUGUUAUCCAUUCGAAACCCGGGACCUUCGUCACCAGGCUUACACGAUUUGCCGGCCCUUUGAAAUGUAAAAUGAAUCAACCCUGUUAGUGAAAUUCUUUACGUCACCUUCAAACUAUGAUAUGUAUAUAAAAUACUCAAAGUUCAAAUGAACCCUGUAAUCAGCAGAGGUUUUGAAUAGUAAAGAUUUAGAUAGAAGAUAAACGGACAUAACUACGGCAGCUUUUGCCUUUGUAAAGUUGUGAAUCACUUGUGUGAUAUUACCUAUUGAAAUAAUAUUGGUUAUUCAUCUUUUGAAUGUUGUUUA